CAGUUGAUAGCUGAAGCCUGGAGAGAGAAACAUUACACAAACAACGAUGAGAAGUCUUGCCUUUUCUCAUCUGGCAAUAUGCUUGUGGUCAGUAGCUCUUCUACCGAGUGUCUUUUGUGCUCCCAACCAGUUGUUGAACACUGAAUUCACAGGUUUGUUUUGGUUUUAAUUCCUUCUUUAAAUUAUCAUUCCUGUGCCGAAUUAAACUUUUAAUCGAGAGAACAAAUUCAAGAAAAAGUUUUAAGCGGUGAAGCCGUUUUUCAAACAAAUUAACACAUGAAAUUGUUACCAAUUGAAAAGAUAGGUAGUUUUUUUUACGAAAAAAAAUGCAUGCAAAGUGUUCUCAGUAGAGCCUUCUUUAAUACGAUUAAUAACUGGCAAAAAUAAGCAGAUCUCGCUGGAAAAAUUUAUCGGCACGCAAAUAACAUAGAUACUUCAAUUUAUUUGAUAGGGAAAUUGCAGUUCAUUUAGACGGUUUUAACGGCAAUUUUAGGGUAUUUUUUUGGUGAACUCAGUGCGGAAGUCUAAAACCUUAUAUAGCUAACCAAAGAACGAUGAUACGGCAUCGUAGGUUAAUCCUUCCGUAUCGCUUUCUAUUUAUUCCGUUAAUUUCGCAGCUUAGUCAAGAGACAUUUUUGGAAAACAUUGGUCAUCGUUUAAUAAAGCGUCUUUAUUUGCCGUUUCCUCUCGUUUUUCACCCAGUAAGAGCAUUCAACAAGUGCGUCUUAAUUGACGUGUUGCAUCGAGUUUAAGCAAGAGAGUCAUAUGGCUCGCAGACGUUCGCUUAAGAGAAACGUAAAUGAUCAUGUCUUUAAUUUAGUAAUCACCAUCUUUAUCAAGAGUGAUGAAACAAUUUUCCAACCUGAUAGUUUUCUCUGAAACCACGCGGUUUUUACAUUGUUACCUUCACCAAAAUCUUGAUUUUUACCAUUGAAUUCCUUAACUUCCUGAUUCUUCUCGUUCUACCGAUGUUGGAGAAAAAAACGAUCUUCAUCUUCCUCAUUUCGUUCUUUACCGUUAUCCAUACUUAUUUAAUUAAGUUCUGAUCGGCUGUUACCAAUGACAAAGGCAAAACGUUUGCGGCGACUGAGUGGACAUGAGGAAAAGAUAAAUCUGAUCUUGCGCUAGAACAGAUAAAUUUCCAUCGCAAAAUAAGUAGGUUAUUCUCGUUACUGAUGUUUUUGGUGUGAUUAAAAAGCGAUUAGGGAUAUUAUUCGAAAAAUUCCUUGCUGAUCCCAGCAAGGUAAGCAUUUCUAGCAUUUGAAAGUAAUUUUUAUUUUUUUCCUCCUGAUAUAAGGUAUAUUUUUCACGCAUCCUUCAUUAAGGAACAAAAGAUUGCAUCUCCUGAAACUCCAUCAAUUUUCGGAGUGUUGAUUUCAAAGUCCUAUUGAUAUUGCACAAGGAUUCCGACUGCUACCGACGGCUAAACGAUAAUUAAUGUAUUGCUAUAUAUUUUAUCUGAUAAAGAUAGAUGUUACUUUUCGGAUUAAGACAAAAAUAUCUUUGAAUGUAAGCGUGCGAAAUAACUGUUGUUCUGUUAACUUAAUACGCAAUGCACAAUUCGAAAAUCUUUCAUAGAAGUGCUGUUCUUUCCGACUUAUCAAAUCGGCUGUGCAUGGACGUUUUCACUGUACUUACAGUUCAACAAGUAGUAUAAUCCAGUUUCACUGACCAGGAACACCUUAGCCUAGCACAAAAAAUAUUUAUUUGAAGUAAAGAGGGCAAAUAAAAAAGCGAAAGCCGACAAUGCACGUAAUUCUUGCUUUAGAGGUUUGCCGCGAACUCCAUGGCAGACUCGAAAACCUUUGAUUAAGUGUUACUCGGACUUUUUACUGUAUUUCUGCCAAAUCGAUCAGUUAAGGCUUAAGUUUUGUAAGGUUCAAAAGUAAGUUUUAUUUUCGUCCCACAAGACAAUAAGAAAUGCCAAAAGUAAACUGCUGUUUAUAUUACUAACUUACUUGGGUCUCGUUGCAGCCUAAUGAUGCUAGUUUGUACUUUGGACUUCGAGAGAUCGAGAUAGGCUAGGUUCCUUUUUUAAAAUGUAGGAGAAAAUUUCCCAGAACCCUAUCAGUUGCUUCUCGUAGUUGGAGACUAGGAAAACGUGAUCCACUAAUUCAUAAAAUUUUUGACGAAUUUCCCUUGGAUAUUGCUUUAGGAAACUGCAACUUUGAUUCCGAGUCAUUCUGCAAAUGGCUCCAAGUGAAAGGCGAUACCUUCAACUGGCGGCUGCAAAGAGGCUCUACUCCAAGCGGGGGAACUGGGCCAAGAAGAGAUCAUACUGGAAAUAAUGGUAAACGUAGUCUUUAUACCUAUCAAAUCAGGCAAACGAUUAAUAAAUACGAAGUACUGCAAAUGGUGAAAAACCCAAUGUAUCGAAUUUUCGACUGGGGCUUUUGAAGCUAUCACAAACCUUUCAUUUCGUCAUCCAGUUCUUGAUCAGAAAGUCAAAAGAUGGGUGGUUGACCAGUGACCAGGUGGUUGAAAUUUUCUUUGUAUUUAGUAAAGAAGGUGGUUAAAAUGUUGUCUGAAAAAAAGCUGGAAAAUGAGUUUAUUUCCUUUGAUUCUACGUUUGAUAAUUUUCCCUUUUGUAAACUGGUACUCCUCAUUUUCUCAGGCUUCAAGAAUUUGUUAAUGUUCCUAUCCUCGAAAAAAUCUGAGUGUUCCCGAAGUGAUAGGAAUGAACAAUGGUCUGAGAACUUAACGGCCUUUGAGCCAGUGAAUAUGUGAUUUCCCAGGGUAAAAAGCAAAAUAAAGGAACCUGAGUUGGUGUUUGAGUCUCCGUCCUUUUUUCCAUAUCAUGACAGGUCACUACGCGUACAUCGAAGCCUCGUCUCCCCGAAGCAAAGGGGAUAAGGCACGUCUCAUCAACGGUCCUUUCAGUGACGUACUCUGUCUUCACUUCUCGUACAGCAUGGUGGGAAGUUCAAUAGGAGAAUUGAACAUUUACCAUGUUCUCCAUGGUAUGGAACUGGCAGUGUGGUCUAAGGCCGGACCGCAGGCUUAUAAAGACUGGCACUCUGACAACGCAACUUUUUAUGGAAAAAACUACUAUGUGAGUCUUUUGAAUGUCAACCUUUGCUCAGGUUUUCUUUGAGAGAGUUUUGCAAUGACAAAGUAUAGAAAAGGAAAAGAAAUUGUUUUAGUUUUUUGAGUGUAAAAACUGUAGCACUGGACAAAAAACAUUACAUGUUAAAUCUACAUCUCAAAUCAAGUUAUCCCACGUUUCCAAUUUAUAAAAACAUUACGUGGCUGACGGGUUAAAAGAAUUGUUAUUUACACUCCUAUGAGAACUACUUACGCCAUAUUGCACGCUAUCAUCAGUUUCUCACAUCUCAGAAGACGUUAGCGUCUGCUUAUUAUUUACAUCGGAAUUGGACGUGACAAUUAGCGCAGACUCACAUAAAGUGGUCGGCCUUUUAUUUUCGAUUUUUCCUCUACCUUUGUGAGCUCAUGCUAUAAAUAUUCCUGAAACAAAAUUUAAUGCCACGUUUUGAUCAGGAAUAGUUAAAUUCAUGAAAGAGCUCUCCACAAGUUUUUAAUUCAUUAUUUUAGUUUCCAUCGCUGAUUCAGACACUCCUCACAAGAGAAGAGUGGGUAAAUAGAGAAGAAUUAGAAAACUAGGAAAAAAUUGCAAUUAAUUAACCCUCCUGCUGAAUAUUUUCAGGUGAUAAUUGAAGGUGUCGUUGGAAAGAGUUACACCGGCGAUAUUGGUAUUGAUGACAUUUACUUUACAAAGGGUUCUUGUCGCGGUGAAAAGUUAGCAUUUGUAGACAACUCGACUAAUUCAGGAGGUAAAGUAUUGUGACACUGUCUAUAAGAAGUCUUUGGGCCACAUAAAAUCCAGUAACCGAUUGGUAACUCUUCCACCAAAGUGGUGAACAUCUUCGCUUUUCAAGGUUGUUAAGGCAAUUUCUAGUAGGCUCCUAAAUUUGCACAUUGUUACCGCUGUUUGUUUCUACUGUUUGUUGAAUAAUAUUCCUAAACUGGGAAACGGGAAAGUUUAGCGACUCAAUUUCCCGACUUGCAUCCAUCUACAGUUAUAGCUUUGCUGUUGCGUUUCGAAGUUAUUAACGUUUCUUUAAAGACGCCGAACAUUUAGGGAAGAGACUUACUGCAAACAGGCAAACAAACAAACAGACAACUAGACCAACAGGAAAAAGAAAGGAAUUCGUUAAUAAAUAAUUACUGAGGUUCGCAGCAUUAUACCCAAUAAUGCUGCGAACCUCAGUAAUUAACUAUUAUAAUUAUUGACCCUCAUAAAAUCCUAUUGUUCUCUCUCUGCAUUACAUCGACGAUUUCAGUCGCCCCUUCAUAUUGAUGUUUUGGUACACCAACAAUGCAACUGAAAUCGCCGAUAUAAUGCUGAGAGAGAACAAUAGGAUUUUAUGAGGGUCAGUAAUUAUUUAAAACUCCUGCUCACCCGCCUACGUUCUUCCUAUGUGUCGACUGAGCACAUUUUUUGUCCUCUGGUCACAGAUAAAAUUAAUAAUGCGUUUUGUUUUUAGAUCGCCAGAAAUCGAUUAUAACAUUUUUGCUGAACAGAUAUAAAUACAUUUAAAACAGAGCGUGUAAUUCAAAUUGAUAAUAUAUCUUUUAUUAACAACUUUUUCUGCCUCAAGGAAAAUGCUCCUUUGACAUGGGAUUGUGUGAUUGGGCAAACGACUUGACUAACAGUAAUGUUAGCCCGUGGAUGCUGAGUACUAACCGAAGAGGGGGAGAAAAGAAAUCAGAUCAUGGAAAGAAUCUAGGUAUGCUGCAAAGACAUGGAACAAUUUGUAACUAAGUCAGUCACCUCGAAAGAGAUCUCAGUCGUUUCACCGCUUGAAAUGAGAACUACGCAUGAUGAUGUAAAGACUGUGUCAAUUAAACUGAGAAAGAUUGCCUUGUAUAUCCCUUAAAUAAUAACGGUUACGCUCGAUUUCAAUUCUUUUUCAAUUCCUUUUUGCCUUUUCAAGCCGUUUCACUCUGACUCAUAGAUUUAAUGCAUGCCUGAAGGAGACUUUUCGUUAUUAGUUGUCUGCUUUGCCUUAGCCCGAAAACGACGGUGAACAUGAAAGCCAUCACUCUGUUCAACUUUUAGUUCAUGUGGCACAUAUUCUUUUAUGAUAUUCUUUACCAUUAAACCUCUUUUUUUUUCUCAAAUUUUUGAGCAGGUGGCAGAUAUGCUUACGCAAUGAAAUCGGGAAGAAAACCGUCUAAAUAUCGAAUGGUGUCUUCAAAACUAUGCGGUACAAAGUGCGUUGAGCUUUUUUACUUCACCAAUAAAUUCGAUAAAAGCGAACUCAGAUUGUCUGCCAGAAAAGACGAAGGAGAGGAUCGUGUGUGGUUCGAGUCUGGGCUUGGAAAGAAAACGGACGACUGGACAAGGGCUGUGGUUGAAAUAAAAGCAGAAGAAGAAACAUGUUUUAAGGUAAUAAUUCAUUCAUUCUGGAUGAUACGACACGUCUUCCGUCUUUCUGUUUUCCCUCAAACACGCAUAAAAAAAUCCAUAAAGCAGAAAUGAGGCGUAGAUAAAAUUGAACCUGUGUGCUAAUAAUAAUAAGAAAUGUUUAUUAAUAAAAAUGCUAUACUUGUACAUUUUACACAGCUUGUGUUCGAAGCUCGUCUCCACGAAACAGCAUCAUCAGUGGGCUUAGAUGACCUCUUCAUAGCAAAUGGAACGUGUUGUGCGUUGAUCAGCACUCCCGAGGAUACCGCGAAAGGUAAUUCUCGCAACAGAGCAAAAACAGCGCUGGGAUGACUUUGACUGGUCCGUGAAACUAGGACCACCCUGUAAAGCAAUCAGUUUUAAAAAGGGAAGAAAUUGUCACUCAGUCAAUGCUCCCGUUUUCCGCACAGAUUACUAGGCAGAUAACUUGGUUUUGCUUGGGGUUCUCCAAUGUCGUGAUGGGGCGAAAAUUACGAUGUUUAGACUCAAUCAAAGUUCACUCUAGCUCUAUCUUGACUAUUAUGGCCCCUGAACCUGAUAUAUUCUUCGCCUAUGUAGAAACUCAACUCGAAAUGCACACGCCCUUCUUAUAAAAAGGAAUUGGCUCUUUAAAUGAAAAAUUAUAUUAGUUAUUAAUCAGUCUUCUUCCGCACUUCAGCAAACUGUGAUUUUGACGAAGGCACCUUUUGCAACUGGAGGCAAUCCAUGAAAUCAUCUUUCUCUUGGAGCAUUGGAAGUGGCGAGACUAACAGUGGAAAGACAAGUGGUGGACUAACAGGGCCUAAAGCUGAUGCUUCAGGCAAUGGUAAGCAGCUGAAAAUAACUAGAACACAACUAUCUGUUCCCCGAUGAUCGCAAGUAUCUCAACCUUAAUUUUUAGGAAUAUUUAAUACUCCAAAGAGUGAUAUAGAGAAACAACGAUGGUCGUAAUUUUCGAUUUCCUAAAUUCUCAUGUAGACUUUGUCCUUACCGACAGAAGAAGUCUUUCAGGUCAACGGCCAAAAUCGGCCAGUGGCAAAUCUUUCGAUAUCGUAUUUUUCACGUGUGUUGUUACGGCUUUUCUCAGGGCCGGAAAUCCUUGUAUAACACCGUAGUUUGUUCUUCUUGAAAAUUAUCAAGUAUUCUUUGAAGUAGUUUGCACGCUCCUUUGAUUUUGUUUCUGUCGUUCUAAAGGCCAUGUCUAAUAACCACUUUACCUCUGACAUUCCAAGGGAAAUACGCUUUUAUUGAAGCUUCUGAGCCUCAGAUGAACGGUGAUAAAGCUAUUCUGAUUAGUAACAUGAUGGAAGGCCAACAAUGUAUGCGUUUCAAGUACCACAUGCACGGGGAAGAUGUCGGGUCCUUAUCGAUUUACAGGCGAGGAUUCCUUAUAUGGAAGAAAACUGGUAACCAUGGAAACGAAUGGCUAAAUGGCCAGGUUGACCUUGAUUGUAAAAUACCGAAAUACCAGGUAAGUCUUGAGAUGAAAAAGUAUUUAUGUCGUCUUCCCAAAUGUUUGAAAUUUAGCCAAAUCUUAAAUGACCAAAGGAAAAAAAAAAUGAGAAGAGAAGGUGAGACAUUCGGACGGUUCACUUAAAACACUAGACUCGAUCAAAAUUGUUUUCAGUUUUAAACGUUUUUACCGACGGUUUGUUUUCGCUCAAGAAAUAACAUUUCCCCUCUUUCAUCGACAAAGUCAAUCUGUGCGCUUUCACCGGGCAAACAUUUUUCUGUAGCUCAAACCAUUUUUUCCUGUUCACGCAGGUAGAAAUAGAGGCGACUGUUGUUGGAUGGCGAGGUGAUAUUGCAAUUGAUGAGCUCCAGUUUAUCCCGGGAGGCUGUCCCCUACAGGCCCUAACUACCACUGCAGCGCCGCGUGAUACUACACCAACUACACCAGAAUCAUUACCUGUACCACCACCUUUCAGUAAGAACCAGUUACAUAUAAAUAAGAAUAAUUUUGAAUCGAGUGUCGGGAGUAAUCUGGCACCACUUUAGUCUUGCGUCAAUGCGCUCAGUACAUAAGUAUUUGGUAAAGAAAACCACGCACCAUCUUUUCAACCAAUCAUAAACAAUAGAGGGCUGCGUCGGUGGGAGAGUAUAAGAGGGUACCGACGAAGGGCUUACGCACGAAGCGUCAGCUUUAAAACUCUUUACUAAGGCCAGUUUACGUUAUCGAUCGACUCAGUUAAUAAAACUAAAUUACCCAAUCAUAAAUAAUUUCAGUGAAAAUUUGCUUUUUCUCCUUAGCAUCUUUUUUCAUUGGCGUUGUAAGAUACUGUACCUCGUUUCAAUGGUCUAAUGUUGUCUUUACACGUUUACCACAGGUACUUGUACAUUUGAUAACAAUUUCUGUGAAUGGACGAAUGUGUUUGACGAUGACGGAGAAUGGCAUCUUGCUAAUAAUGACACCCCUUCAGAAGGAACAGGGCCUAAAUACGAUAGCGAUGGAAAUGGUAAAAAAUUGCUCGUUCCUCAUUUACAUAUAAAAAAAAAAUAAAUUGCAUUUUACCUGUGGAUAAAAAGUCAAGAGUUGAUUCUCACAACUGAACUGCAAUGGAAGCAAUUGCAUUCUCUCAGACAAAUUUCUUCCUGACCAUUGGGGAAACAACUGCAAAUAGAAGCCUUCUUCCUUUGGGUUUUGUACCAGUGACUGAAUUUUUAAUCAUGAAUAAAGCACUGUUAUAUUAUUGUUUUCUAAAAUAAAAAACUUUGCCCUGAACUUAAAUUGCAAUAAAAAAAUUUUAAAAAUUAGGAUCCAUGUAAAAAUUGCAGGAAACUAUAACAAUCAUCUUAACUAUUUCAAUCUCUGAGGCGUCCAAAAUGGAAGUUCUCCUUACAAUAUUAAUACAUUUUUGAGCAGAAAGGUGGGUUGAAGAUUGGACUACAUCUAAAGGGGUAUUUCUCAAACUUUUGGUUUUCAGAGCUCAAAUUAUAUAAAGUGCAUGGCAGACCUUUCGGAGAAUUGAUAAGUAGAUCUGAGAGUGAAAGUAUCUUAACCCUUUCGUUCCAAAGAUCUCAUCAGUAAUUCUCUCUCUACUGUCUGCCAUACAAUUUUUAUGACUUUAGUUCGGAGAAUUUAGUAAUGGAUCAACUAAUUAUGCCCUAAAUUAUAUUUUCUUUAUCCUCAUCACUUGUGUACUUGAUAUUGUGAGGAGAAAUUUUUUUCUUGGUCAUUCAUAGGAGUUAAAGGGUUAAGUGACUGAUUCAAAAGUAAAGAGGUUCAGUUAAUUUUUAUAUCUCUCUUACUUAGAAUAUUACAUCCACAUGGAAGCCUCGAAUCUGCUUAAAGGGCAAAGGAUCCGUCUGGAGAGUCAAGAAUUUUUUUCUCCAAUGUGCUUGAAAUUCCACUACCAUAUGUACGGCAAAGACAUUAAUGAGCUGCGACUGGAGCAUCGAAAUCUUAAAGAUAAUUCAACUAAAGUCAUCUGGUCCAUAACAGGACAACAGGAAAACUUUUGGCACCUUGCUUCACAAAAUUUCAGCGGGGAACAUUACACGGUAAUUUAACAGAGGAUGCUUUAUUACUCGAAUCUAACGUAAAAACCAAAUUAUUGUGGAGCACCUUGAGGGCUGAAGGCAAAAGAUAGCCUUGCAACCAAGGUAACGUUUUCUUUUUUGUCUGUUUUGUUAAAACUGCGAAUCCAGAUAGCAUUUACUGGUUCAAAACAAUCCAUGCGAACCGUGACAGACGUUCAUCGUUCAUUUCAUACCGGCACGAGAAAACAAAUAAUCGGAAUUGGAAAAAGAAAACAGAAAAAACUACUAAAACAACAAACAAAUGAAGCCAAGGAAUAUGUGCGCUUCUCUCCAGAUUAUAAACGUAUGGAAAACAUAUUUUUAAAGACUAAAACGUCGACCUAAAUACGAACGGUGAUGCGGGGAGAUCUGAUAAAGUUGCGCAAUCCUUAUAGCAAAGCCUAUUUAAAUGGCUGCAACUCUUUUUAUUUAGGUGUCUUUUGUUGGUAUUCGGGGUGAUUCAUAUCUUGGCGACAUUUCAAUUGAUGAGAUUAGUGUUGGCGAGCUUGAGGAAUGCCAUUCGGUAAUCGACCCUAGUGGGGAUCAUCCAAGAAUGAACCCAAGAGAAGGUGAGUACAUACUGGAACUGUAUGCUGUUUCAUGAUUUGUCAUGGAAGAUAAUUCAUUUGAACUGACCUUAGUGGAAAGUCUUGCAAGUUUUUCGUGCUUUAAGUCUGUUACUGACUAUAAUGUUAUCAUUAAUUGAUUACUACAAUUUGAUAAUUUUUGUUUUCUCUUAACCUAAGGAAAUUGUGACUUCGAGGGUGGUUUCUGCAAAUGGAUGAACAUGAAGGAAGACACAUUUGAUUGGACGAGCCAGACGGGUAGAACUCCAUCUUCUCGGACCGGCCCAUCUCGAGAUCAUACAUCAGGUAAAGUAAACUAUAAGAUUACCUUUCUAUUUAUGACUAAGAUGAGUAAUAAUUCUAUUUCUUUGUUUAUCCUUUCCCGUUAUCUUUACCGUCACCAUCAACUCGUCGCCCUCGUCUUUACCGCCAGACACUAUAAUUACCUCUUCUCUUCAACAUCAGACUCGUUCUUGAAUGAAGGAAGACCUUCACGGGCCUUAUUUUCUUUGAGUCAUUGGCUAUUUCUUCUCUUUGCCAUGUCCUUCUCGGUUCUAAAUUUUCGAAACUGAAACGUCUCUCUAGCGCCACAGCCUUUAUUCUACAUCUAGGUUAGCCUUAGGAACGUUUCUGAACCAUCUUGACCUGUUUGAACCCUCUGUGAAAGUCUCUAUGAUGGAUUUUACAGCGGAGUAUUUCCAUUUCAUUUUGAGGCAAAAGACAUUCUCCAAAGGAAAAUUUGACUGUUAAGAGCGUAGAGAUUUCGGCUUAAGGUAGCUCUAAAUUCUAAAGAAAAAUUAUGCAACCAGAGAACAUCUUUUUACACCAAAGUCUGGAUUAUGAUACUGGUUGCUCAAUUUCGUUUUCCAUGGAAAACAGUAACUCGCGAGCCAGAUACUUGCAAUCUUCUUCCACACUUAAGUCUGAAAUACUAUAAUUUGUAGGCAGAGGUGGAAAAGGAAAGUACAUCUAUAUUGAGACAUCCAGUCCCAGGAAGGCGAAAGAUAAAGCCAUGCUUCUUCUCAAACUUGAGGGUCGAUCUUUCUGUAUGCGUUUCUGGUACCACAUGUAUGGUGCAACUAUUGGUUCGCUGGAAGUUAUGCGGAUUGUCAAGCAAGAAAAGGACGAUCAAAAGCCAAGUGCAAAGGAUUUUAACGAGAAAGAGCACAGAGAGUGGAUCGCCAAUCAAAAGAAUACUUUGUCUAGAGAUAAGUGGAUGCAAGCGGAAGUUGACCUCGUUGUGCGACGAUCCGUGCGCAAGGGAACAACCGUUAAUUGGGUAAGUUGCGUUCAUGGUGAGCUAAGUGAGAAUCAAAAUGCGCUUCUUCCAUGAGUUAACUUAAUUUGUGAGUUCUGCUUUGAGGAACUAAAAUUUUUUUUCACCUGGUGGAAGGGGGGAAGGUGAGGGGGGGGGGCGCAAGAUCGGGGGAAUCUGGUAGUCUUAAGGUUUCAUUUUCCUGAUUCCCCCCCUCCCCCUUCCAUAAAUGAUGGUAAUAGAACCGAAUGGAGUCCAAUUUGGUCUGAAAUCGUACGAGUGAUCAACAAAAUCGGACGACCGCGAAGGGGGGGGGGCGCAAGAUCGGGGGAAUCUGGUAGUGUUACGUUGAAAUUUACCUGAUUUCCCACCCCCCCUUUCCAUAAAUAAUGGUAAAAGAACCGAGUGGAGUCCAAUUUGGUCUGUAAUCAUACGAUCCGAUUUGUUUAUCACGAGUAUAAUUACCGACAGAAUUGGACGACAAGAAAUCCAGUUUACAAUUAAUCAUAACCAUUUCAAUUUCCGAAUAACCAUAUACACCUAUAACAAAUAUCUCCAGUGUAGACAAUGUCUUUAGCUAAAUAUUCCUGCAUUUUUGAAAUUUCCUUGUUUUUCUUUGGAUAAGUGGUUGUUGCCAUGGUUAUUGUGAUCAAUUCUGUGAUUGGUGGAUUUAGCUGAGUGAACUUAGUAUGAUUGGCUGUUUCAACUGUCCGAUUACAGGUGUCCGAUUACAGCCAACUGUCCGAUUACACUGUCCAAUUACAACUGUACAGAAUGAUAAGUAAAAAAUGAAGCAGCUGAUGCACCAAUCACAUUUGAAGAAAUUGUAAUGGCUAUGAUUAGGCUUUAUAAAAUAAGAUAAGAUAAGCUGGAAACCACUCCGCUUCGCGUCGUGGUUUCCUACGCUUAUCUUGUGUUCUCCCAACCUCCCGCGUGUUUACAUCAGGCUAUGUAAACACGGAAACCAUUUUACAUUUCUUCACUGUAAUACUCUUAUAAGCCCCUCAUUGGCAGUUAAUUAGCUUUAAUCCCCUCUAUAUACUCCUUUUUCGACGACUGAUCCCAAAAACGCACUUCAAGAGAGGAGUAACACCUUCCUUUGCCCAGUUACGUCAGGUGUUCCUUGUCGGUCCUUAAGCCUGAAAAAAUACGCAAUAACGUUUCGUCUCUUCUCAAAACCAGAUCGCAAUUGUGGGAACAGUUGGUAGUUCAUACACUGGAGACAUCGCAGUUGAUGACAUUCAAUUCUCAGGAGAACGUUGCUCUGAACGAAAAGAAGCAAUACAGUGAAACUGACAACGCGAGUGUGGUUUAUUGCGGUUUUUUCGAGGUAAAAAACAUGAAAACUUUAUCACUUAAACGAAAUAUGCAUACUCUGAGGAUUUUUUAAUUUCGCUCUUCUUUUUUAUUAACCUCGAUUUUAUUUCAUAUUGCGUUUCAGGAAAUCGUCGUUUAUCAAAGGAAGUGAGAAUGACAUUUAAUCGUAAACUAAACCCUAUAUUUUACAUUGUAGUUGAAGGCGAAUUUAUAGAUGUGCAACGAACUUUGGUUCACUUAUGAUCGCCAAGCUAUAGAAGAAAAUAAAAAAAUCGCAUAUGUCAUUUUUGCAUUGCCUAUCUAAACGAAUUCCUUGUAUCAGAUAUUCUCUAAAAAUCAAUAUUUCAUGUUUACCUUGAAAAUCCAAAUAGCUCACUACAAAUGCAUUUCAAAGUUUCUUGUACACAUCUCCAUCUCAUGGCCAGGAUUAUACCUGUCCAGUUACAUCAAAAAGGGUGUCAAACAGUCAUGCGAUGACAUCCUUACUCAAUAUUUCUCUAAGACUCGGACGCGUAGGAUCUGAAAUUAAACUGUGGAAUAAAAGUAGUCUGGUUUAAAGAAAUGACAAAAAAAAAACCGAGGAAUUACAGAAAAAGUUCACCAGCAGAUCGAUCGAUUACAGAUCAAAUCUCGUCGGCAUGUUUAAAAAACUUCUUUUGUAUCCAAAUAAGGAUAUCAUAUCCUAUUCCGAGCCGUACAAAAAUCGUUUAGGGAAAUCUUACGCGUUUUCAAUUUUUCCUUCCUUUAUCCUUUACAAUUUACGUCGAAUUCUUUUUGAAAGGAACAAAGAGGCACGAUUUAGAUCGAGUCACACACUUUUGGGGAGCUUACGUGUAUCACAAAUAGGGUGUAAUCUUUUGUAUAUAGGUGCUUAGUAAGUGCAUGAAAGACCAUAAAGUUGCUUGUGAGAAAACACAUGGUUUGUUUGCGCCUCUUUAUUUGAAUGAGUGAGAUUUCAACCACACACUUUCUUGAUUAAUAUUGAUAAUCCUUAUGUACCUCUGAUAAGACAAGCUCAUAAGAAUUCAAAGUACCAUUGUUCGGAGUCUUCAUUAGAAAACAUUACGUGUGUGAUUGUACUUAAAGGGAGCCCAUUAAGUGACGGACAAAAUUGGAAACAAUGAACGCUCGUGAUAAUUUGGUUAAGUACGGAAUUCAAAGGAAUCCUUUUAGGUUGAAAAUGUUAAACUUUGAGGGCAUAUAAAGGAGUCAUUAGCAAACAAAUAGCUGGCUCCGCAGCUACAACGAAACAAAAACAAACAAAGUAUAGUACAAUUUUGGGGUUUGAGUCGUACUGCACAUGUGUUUCGUGUUGUUCUGUGUUGUAAUAAAAACACCCAACAAGCCAUGUUGGAG